AUGUUGUUAUGCCGGCCGUUGUUGCGAUGCUUGCGGGUCCUUGUGCUGGCCCUCUUCCUUGCCGCUGCAGCCCUGCUCCUACUCUCCUUCCAGGACCACGAGAAGGUGGAACAGACUGAGAGACAAGUCGUCGUCAGACUACAGACGCCAAGUCAGCCAAAAAGUUUAUGUGUCGAAAGGAGGUUCAUCAGCUUCGUAAAGGUCCACAAAUGUGCCUCGAGCGCCAUUGGGACAAUUCUCGUCCUCUUCGGUCUCAAACACAAACUGAACUUCGCCCUGCCGCGUUAUGACCAGGGCCAUCUCGGUUGGCCUGCGCCUCUCCGUCCGGAACACUUGGAUCCGCACGUGGCACAACCUAUUAAUAUUAUCACUCAUCACAUGGUCUAUAACAGAACGACUUUGAAGAAACUCAUGCCAUCGGACACAACAUACAUAGCCAUUCUUAGGGAGCCAUAUUUUCAAUUCAAGUCCGCUUUUAACUUUUUCUUAGUGACGUCGCAACUUGAUAUGACAUCCAAGUCGCCCAUGACAGAAUUUUUAGAAAAUCCGCGCAAGUUUGAAAAGCCGGUUCAUUUUAUCUAUAAUGGUAAAUAUUUCGGUGCUAAGUCAAUAACAAGGAAUUUUAUGCUGACGGAUCUUGGUUUUUCGUCUGAGAAUUCGGACAGUGAGACUAAAAUUCGUGAAUAUAUUGAUUAUUUGGAUGAUAAUUUUGAUCUCAUCAUGAUUAAGGAGUAUUUAUUGGAGUCUCUUGUUUUGAUGCGACGCCUGCUGUGCUGGGACAUCCGAGAUGUUAUCUGUCGCUAUGUCAACAGAAACAAAAAAUAUAAAUAUAGACCAGACGAUGAGAACGAGGAGAAAUUAAUGAAACUUUACAAUGAAUGGAGCAAGGGUGACGUCAUCCUCUACGAUCACUUCAACAAAACGCUUUGGAAAAAAAUCUCCAAUGAAGGCCGAGAUUUUUGGCGCGAAUUGGACUAUUUCAGCGGCGUUUUGGAGAGGGUGGAUGAUUUCUGUAAAUAUGUCAUUAAUGAUAAAAAUAUCACGAAGGAGGAAGGGAAGAAAUUAUGGACGGUUUAUUUGCAUAUCCAGUUGUCUGAUUGGAAUGAACCGUUUACUAUUACGAAAAUGGAAUGUAUUCGUAUGUCGGUACAACCUUGGCAGUAUACAAAAAGUCUUCGGAAACACAUGAAGUGGAAAGAUACUCUCUAUGAAAAAGAUACGUUGAGAGGAAAGCAACAGGGGAUGGAAGGAGGUGACGAGAAAGAGGAUGACAUUCAUAGAAGUGAUGAACAGAAAGCGGGUGGUGGUGCUGAUGAAAAGCAAGAUGGCGCCGGAGACAAGGAUGGCGCGAAGCAGGCGAACGAUGACCAAGAUGCUCAGGUUGAUCUCGAGCAUGAAGAUGAAAAUGAUGAUGGCGAUCAAAAACAGUAG